AUAAAAAAAACACUUAGGAAACACGAUCCAGCCUCUCCGUCUCCUCCGCCGAAGUUUCAGAGCCAGAGAGACGAAAUCACGGGGAGCGAGAGUGUGAGAUUAUCUGUGGUGCGGCAAUGGAAUCCAAAACCACGGCAGUUUCCACCGCUGACAAUCUUCAAUCGAGCGAAGACGUCUCAUCGUCGUCUCCAGCCGACGCCGUUGCUCGGCUGACCCACGCCUUGUCGCAGAGGCAACAGCAUCUGCUCGAUAAAACGGUUCCUCACGUUCUCUACCGUUGGAUCUCAUGCCUCGUCGUUGUCCUCAUCUACGCCGUCCGCGUCUACUUCGUCCAAGGCUUCUACAUCAUCACAUACGCUAUAGGAAUCUACAUUCUGAAUCUCCUCAUCGCUUUCCUCUCUCCUCAGGAAGAUCCAGAGGCUUCUCUCGGUGGCGGAAGUCUUCCUACUCGUGGAUCCGAUGAAUUCCGACCAUUCGUCCGCCGUCUUCCCGAAUUCAAGUUCUGGCUAUCGAUCACUAGAGCUUUUGUGAUCGGAUUCCUAAUGACGUUCUUCGAUGUAUUUGAUGUACCUGUUUUCUGGCCAAUACUUCUUUUCUACUGGGUGAUGCUUUUCUUCCUCACAAUGAGGAAACAAAUUCAACAUAUGAUUAGAUACAGAUACGUCCCCUUCUCUUUCGGGAAACAGCGAUAUGGGAAAAAAGCACCGUCAAUGGAGAAUAGUGAUUGACUCUCGACGAAGUAAGUUUUUUUCCUUCAGGUCAGCACGUCGAAUCCUCUUAAGAUAGUAAAAUAUUCAAUGAUCGUUCGGUGUUGUUGAUUUCAUUUCCAUCUUUUUCGUCUUCCUUUUUUUUUUCCGGUUUCGAUUUCUUGGAUAUUUUUGAGGGAUGAAGUCGAAGAAAAAGAAAAUCGGAGACACUUUUGGGUUGAGGCAGAUCUUUUCACCUUUUUAACUUCUUUGUUCUGCCCAUUUUUAGUGGUUUUGACUGAACACAUUCUACUGUAUUAUAUGUUGGCAAUGAAUAAACAACUUUAUGAAUGUUCAAAA